UAGAACUUGCUCAAAGUGAAAAAGCACACAGAGAAAAGGCACACGAAGCACAAUUGGAAAAGCCAACUCGAAAAUGUACAUCCUUACCUGUGAUCCCUGGCCAACGAAGAGCAAAACCCAUGAACCAUUUCUGUUGAUGGCCAAUAUUUUGUCAGAGGCAUUUCUUUGUGAAGGCAUAAAACCACGUAAAGAACAGCAAUAUGUUACGAAAGUUAUCCGUUUUAGAAAUAGAGAUUCCCAACGCUAUUCAAAAUCAUUCAGGUUGAAAUUUUUGUUAUGGUGAUUCCAUUUCUCGAAAACAAUCGGGGCAUCUGAGGUUCGAUUCCUCUGGGGGAUUUAUACUUUUCAUUACUCCAUGCGCAUGACAAUUGUUUGAGAUCGUUUUCGUAUGUAUAAUUCGCGUUGUUAAUAUCAAAAUUUAUCGGAUACGUUCGAUGGAAAAAAGGAAGAUCCGGAUUAACGUGACAAUUUUAUUUUCAGUUUCAAUUCGUUAAUUUUGUCUGUGUUUUAAGUAAAUUGAAUAAGUAUUUGAAUAGUUAAGUAGCGUCUGUGACGACUUAAAAUUUCCCUUUCCAUCCAUGUUAUACAACAUCCUAUUUUCGAAAUCUAGAGAGAUCGCCUCAUUUAUUGCGGUUCGCGUCGCCGAAGGCGCCAUGGGCGCAAGCAUUUCUACCCAAAAGAUCUCUGAAGAAGAUCGGUUGAAACGGCAAAACUUACAGAAUGAACUUUGCAAGAUGCAACACAGUUUGCGAGUGACGGCAGCUGCUCAUUACUUAUCUUCAGAGCACUAUAAAAGCCUGGAUACAAAGCUUCAGUUCGCGUCAGUGAUCUUGGGAAGUUUUGGGACCGCGGCAAGUGUGGCGUCUAAAUUGGCCUGGAAAAUGAUGGUUUCAAACAGUCCUCGUAUCGCACCGAUCGUAGUUGCGACUUCCACAACUUCAGUACUCUUCACAGCUGUUGUGAAUAUACCAAAUGUUCAAAAUGCGCCGGCUAAUUUGUACAAGGCUCACUUUAAGUCUGGUAUUCAAUGCCAGUACCUCGAGAAGCGAGCGAAGUUUCUGUCGGAAAUGGAAGUGUGGGAUACAAAGAUUUCUUGGCAAACUCUUGCCAGCAAAUACGAUGCUUUGCUCAAGGAGAAGACAGAAGUGAACAGCCAAAUGCAAUCGGAGUACUGGGCUUACCGCAAGGCGUUAAAAAAAAACGAGGAAAAACAACUGGAAAAAAAGAGAAAAGAGGCUUUUUACCAGCAACCAGAAGGAACUCAACCGUUACAUCAUGUUAGUGCUGAAUAGUUUUGAAAGUUUCAGUUUUGCGUGUCAUCAGAGUUGGAAAUAAAAGGAUAGAACGUUCCCCUCAGGGUAUAAUUUUAACAUUUCCGGAUAGAAACUGCGAUCGACCAUGCGGUAUUUUUGUUUCGAUUAUUUAGAUAUGAACUAAAAUUUUACUUUUUGUUGUCGCUUUGUGUACCGACAGAAGCUUUACGUGAAUAUCGGUCAUCGUGUCACAGCACAAGAUAUAUGCAAUUUACAAUAGACCACUGUUGUAAACAUUAUUGUAAUUAAACCUUUUACAUAGACUUAGAGCCUAUUUCAAAACAAAAGAUGCGAUAGUUUAGUUGUGUAUAAACCUAGGCAUUAUGCUACUUCCUGUUUCAAGAAUUUAAUUUUUUAAAAUAUCACUGCCGUGAUGGUAUGCUAGGAGAUCUUUCCAGUUCACUAUGCUACCAUUAAAGUUCUUAAUAAUAACUUUUGAUCCUUAGUUCUAUCUUUGGAUUCGUAAUUAAAAGUUGGAUCCGUAUGUUGUAAUAACUUUGGAUUUGUAUUUGGAUUGUUAAAGAAGUUUGCUCCUACACACAUAAAAAGAUUUAUCUUAACUAAUGAAAAAGUAAAUAUGAAACUGUGA